AUGAAUCAGUGGCGAUGCUGGACAACUGAAGUCAUUCCUUCCUUGAUCACUUCAUACCUUGCAUACUUGCAUGAAGUUGCUGCCUUUCAGUGCAAAUCCUCUUGUCGACGGAGGGUUCUCGAGAUCACUUAUAUUGAGAUAUUACGAAUUGAUUGCUGCGCUUGCGCGCCUGCUCCCCUUCAGCUCCUGUCUCGCAGUUACUUUGCCUGCGCUCCCAUCGCUCCUUCCCUCGCUGUUGACCUUCAGUUGCUGGAACUUGUCAAGACGUUGUUCGUACAUAUCACUCCCAACACAACUGCUUGGUGCGAAACACUCGAGGUUUUUCUGGCUGGCCGCGGGUAUCACCUUACCACCAAGGAUAAUCUUCUUCGUCGGUUUGGUAACGCUUAUCAUUGGUACUCUGUACUCUGCAUGAGUGCUGAAGAUCACUUGUCCAAUCUCAUUGGAACUCAUCGCCCACUUUCACCGCUGUCGACUGAGGGACUAACACAUCCAAGUGACUAUCUAAGGUCUCGUUGUCCGAUUUGUUUUGGCUUGGAUGAUUGGCAAAAAAAACCUGACGUCCAUACUUGUAUUGACGCAUGUUUCACUCAAAAAUGUUCAGCGGACCAAUGCGGUGGAGGGCCAGAUCCCUCAAACCCAAUUAGAUCAGUUUUCCUUUCGGAUGAUGAGGUGACAUUGAUGGAGGUCCAUAGAAAGCAACCUGCAGCCACAGAAGAGGAGGGGGAUGACUAUGAGGAUGGCAUGCGAGUCCCGACCUCUGCGCUAGAUGGCUGUGGUGAAUCUUUUCUUGCUGCUGAUGAGAAACACGAAAAGGCUAGCACCCAAUUUUUUGCAGAUACAGGGGUGAUGGCCAUGUUAUGUCGGCACGAUCGUGUAUUAUGGCUUGCCAACAUGAUGUCGGCAGGAGAAAAGCAGCACUACGCUCUCGCUUUGAUCAAGAAGCUUUUCGACAAUCUCCCUACCAAUAUGACCGUUGGCCUCUUGUAUGACAUUGGCUGUCAGCUUCAUCGAAUCUUCCACGCUUACGGCCACCAAUGGGCAUGUCAAAUUAUAUACCAUCCUCGCAAGUGUGAAGGCUUUGGCCUUUCGGAUGGAGAAGGUUGCGAGUGUUUAUGGAGUGCGCUCAAACACCUUAUUGCUCCGCUACACAUUUCUGGGUUUCAUCAGCAACUUUUUGUCCUCAACACUCAAGUCCGGCACCUAGAUAACAAGAACCUUAGUUUGUACGGCAACUGGUUGAACCGGAGGUGGAAUAACUGCGUCAAGAAGAAGAGUACUGCAGCACAGGCACUACGUGAGCUUUCAGAAUGGAAAUUGCAAGUUGAAUAUCAGACGAAACCCCUGCCUCGAAGAUUGAAGACAAAUAAUGACGAGGAAAUUACAAAAAUUCUCUCCCUUGAGAAAUCUCUCGUUGAGAUUGAUGGAGCAUUGCGACGCAUGGAAACGCAACUUUGUAUGGGAAAUGUCGAUAAUCUCACUGAAUACAACCUUCAAGACAGCGCUCACCGAUCAAGAGUCGCAGACACUUUGAGCUGCUGGAAGACACGACUUGGCAUUAGUCAGCGCACCCAUCUAGAACAACUACAUCGCAAUGUAUAUCUACAACGCAAGUUUGAAAUUGAGAAGCUUGAACACUGUUACAGGCAAACUGUGAACGAGCACAAGCUUAAUUCUCAUCUCGUGUCCUCAUACAAUAACCUAUGUACAGAUCUUAGCGCUCUUAUCAGACAGUGCCGCAGUCCUCUGAAUGCUAUACCACCUAACCCCAUCUCUCCUAUCGGUAUUUUUGAUCUUGAUAUUGAUGCUGACAUUUGGGAGGACGUUGGACUCAACGAUGUCGUGCCGGACCCCCCUGAUUGGUUAGCUGAUGAGGUCACACGUGCCGCGAUCAAACUGUUGCUUGAGAUUGACCAAUGCAAUGAAGAAGAGUCUCGUGUCAAGGUUGAGCGCUGUGCUCUGCAAGAGUGGGCUAUUCUUGAGUGGGAUGGUCUACAGAGGGCCCGUGCACAUGCAAGUAAGUUUUUUUUCGCACCUGACUAA